GGAGCCACUCCACAAAACAUGCAGGCUUCCACGCAGGGUCACGCACUCGAGGAGACGAGAGACUUGGCGGUGGUUCAAAUCAGAGAAAAAAAGGAAAGGUGGUUGAAAGAAAAACUGGAGAGGCAACCCAUGCAGGAAAGAAAACCUUGUGGGGAUGGCAUCCGUAGAUCGGAACGCAAGGAACUGAUGACAUAUACGGGAGGAGCGGAAGGAGUAAAGCAGGAGAGAUUAGAAGGUCGAGAGCAGGUGGUGGAUGUGGGAAUGGCGGGAGAGGAGAAUGAGGAGGACUCCCCACGGGACAUCCACGAUGGAGCAUUGAGCAGAACAAGUGAAGAUCAACAGAUGAUGGACCACCUGAUCCUUCCACUGAUGUGCACCCUCCAAGGCCACAAAAUCUUCAUCCUCGGACUCAGAUCUGUAGAAGACAAGCUUUAUAUGCCAACGAGCCAUAUAUUGGAGAUUCCUUCUGCGCAGUUCGUCAUGAUGAAAGUGAGGCAGCUUUUUGCUGAGCGGUUUCAGUUCUGGCUCUUCCCGGAAGAGGCUCUAGUUCGCUUGAUAGUUAAUCUGCCAGAAGGAGGCAAGGCUCGGUACUCGAUUCCGCUUGUAGAUGCAAGGAUUCCUCCAAACGUGUGGAAUAAUAUAGGCAACGUUGGCCUGGUGGGCAUUCCGCUCCGGUUGCUGCUAGUUGAUCCAAACAACGAAUUACAGAGCAUCUCAGUGGAUCCGGGGAUGUCAGCAACGGUGCUGCUUCAACUAAACUCACAGCUGCAGAAAAGAAGGAACCUCACGUCAGCAUACUUCGCGGAAGUACUGAGCAGCAGAUGGUCGGAGAAUCUCACGACCCCAGGGCACAUCCAAGCAACGGCCCACCAGCAAUAGAGUAAUGGGCAAAAUUAAAAUUGCCACCUGGAAUGUCCAGGGACUAGGGGACUCGGGAGGGAAACAGAAAGGAAGGAGGUUGAAAAAAUGGAUACACGAGACGAAUGUGGACAUGGCCUUCGUGCAAGAAACGAAGUUAUCAGUAGAAAAGUUGAGUCAAUUAAACACAAUUGUGGUCUCCUGCUCAAGGAAGUCGGGGUGGGGUUGCUAUCCUGGUUCAUAAUCGGUUGGCGUGCACCUUGCUAGACGCAGACUGUGACCUAUGGGGGCACUGGUAUUGGGUAAAAAUGGAAAUGGAAGGGGAGGAAUGGGUGUUUGCUACGAUGUAUGCACCAAACGA